UUUGGUUGAGCUUUGAAUGAGGAGCCAUCAUCCCGGCGGCUCGGAGGUGGAAAAUAGAUUUCAAAGUAUCUCCGGAUGAAUUCAAAAUGAGCAAGAAGGCUUUUUUCACAGGUACUCCAGUGACUGUUAAGCUUCAGUUUAUCUCGGUGCUGGGUUUCUUUGGAUUUACUCCCCUUCAAUCCCUAUACUUAGUUUGACUUCUGAAGACCAAUGCCUUAGUUCUGAUCAAACAUUACUCGUAAAAGACAUACAUACACUGGGUAUAUUAACAGUGAGUUCAGACCAGUCAACUAUAUCACUCCCCCCAAACCCUUCUUUCCCAACUCAAGACCGAUUAAGAGGGGCAUUAGAACAUUCAACAGGCUACCAUGUCCUCCAUCCUUCCCUUCACCCCACCUGUUGUGAAACGACUCUUGGGAUGGAAGAAGACUCCAGCAGGGAGCGGAGGAGCAGGAGGAGGAAUCGGAGGCGUUGGGGAGCAGAAUGGAGGUGGACAGGAGGAGAAGUGGUGUGAAAAAGCAGUUAAAAGCUUGGUAAAGAAGCUUAAGAAGACGGGACAAUUGGACGAGCUAGAGAAAGCGAUCAGUACACAGAACAGCAACACAAAGUGUGUCACCAUACCCAGCAAUUGCUCAGACCUUUGGGGUCUAGGCUCAGGCCACAUGAUAGAGCAGUGGGACUCAGCAGGCAUGUACGGAUACCCUGACCACAGCAGGUCACUGGAUGGCCGUCUUCAGGUGUCUCAUCGUAAGGGCCUGCCACACGUCAUCUACUGCCGCCUGUGGAGAUGGCCUGACCUUCACAGCCACCAUGAGCUGAGGGCCAUUGACACCUGCCAGUAUGCAUUCAACCUUAAGAAGGAUGAAGUGUGUGUCAAUCCCUACCAUUAUCAGAGAGUGGAGACACCUGUGCUGCCGCCGGUGUUGGUCCCACGUCACACAGAGAUUCUGACAGAGCUUCCGCCUCUAGACGACUUUACAAACUCCAUUCCUGAAAACACCAACUUCCCUGCAGGCAUAGAUCCUCCUAAUAACUAUAUACCAGACACUCCUCCACCUGGCUAUAUGAGUGAAGAUGGCGAAACCAGCGACCAGCAGAUGAAUCAAAGUAUGGAAUCAGGCUCACCAGCAGAAAUGUCACCGAGCACCCUGUCUCCUGUCAGUCACGGCCUGGACCUUCAGCCAGUCACCUAUAGUGAACCAGCAUUCUGGUGCUCUAUAGCUUACUAUGAGCUAAACCAGCGGGUUGGAGAGACGUUCCAUGCCUCACAGCCAUCCCUGACCGUUGAUGGCUUCACCGAUCCCUCCAACUCUGAACGCUUCUGUUUAGGGCUUCUCAGCAAUGUUAACAGAAAUGCUACUGUUGAAAUGACAAGGAGACAUAUAGGUCGUGGCGUGAGAUUGUAUUAUAUCGGAGGGGAGGUGUUUGCCGAGUGCCUCAGCGACAGUGCCAUUUUUGUCCAGAGUCCUAACUGCAAUCAGCGAUAUGGCUGGCACCCUGCCACAGUCUGCAAGAUACCACCAGGCUGUAAUCUGAAGAUUUUUAACAACCAGGAGUUUGCUGCAUUGCUGGCCCAGUCAGUAAAUCAAGGGUUUGAGGCUGUAUACCAACUAACCAGGAUGUGCACCAUCAGAAUGAGCUUUGUCAAGGGCUGGGGAGCAGAGUACAGGCGUCAGACAGUCACCAGCACCCCUUGUUGGAUUGAAUUGCAUCUCAACGGCCCCCUCCAGUGGUUGGAUAAGGUGUUGACCCAAAUGGGUUCACCCUCAGUGCGCUGCUCUAGUAUGUCCUAAACAGUGUCCUGCUUUUGCAGAUGCAGAGUCAGACAUUUCAGUGUUUGAACAGUGUAUCCUAAAGGAGAGCACCAUGCAGUCUUAAAUGAUGUACAAACAACAAAACAAAAACAAGAAGAAAAAAAAAACACACACACAUUGGACCCUGAGGACAAGAGCUUGACAUCACUAAUUGACAAUAGUGGUUUAUUAAGUGAUGCCACAGCGGACCCUUUGACUCUGUUGGAACAACUGACACAUUCUAGUUCUCAUCAAGUGAGAUCACCUUGCAAUAUCAAAAUGACAAGAGAGUGAUGUCCUAUUGGGCCAGCCUACAUUUGUGCUCUGAUCCGGAAACCCACAGCAGGACAGAGCUUUAUUAUCCUCCUCACUGACACAGCAACAACUGCUUCGGGGAUCGAGCAUGUGACCUUCUACUUGCUGGACAGUCUGUCCAACUACUCAUUCAGAUCGCAUCUUCACUACCUAUUUACCACAGCACAACUUUGAUUCCAUGUCAGUAUUUCUGUUUACACGACGCUGACUAACAGUACUACUGCCACCCCAGGCUCACAAUCGACCAAAGCCAACUUCACAUCUUCAUUUUCUGGCAACCAAACAUCCAUUCCAUUUGAUUUGGGAUGCUCCUCUCCUCUCCCAGUCAGUCAUGUGCUGUUGUUAUCACUGACCUCACUAUGUUGGAAUGCAAAGUUUUCUGCUCUUAAAGGGGUUUAAUUACUCAAAAACCCCAUCUUCGCAUUUUCUCAUGCACACAAACCAUAUGCGCUUUUCUUUUCUUUUGUUUUCAUAAUGAUAAAGUGUCUCCUCUUUAUACGAAGCGUGGAUUGGUUGGUGAAGAGUUUCCAUUAAAUAACGUCAUCACUAACCGCCUAGUGUAGAUGAUUGGAAUUAAAGUUGAGCAUUACUAAAAGCAAGUGUCUACAAUAUGUCACCCUAGGCCAAACUUUGUUCCUCCCAUGCAUGCUCCCAUGCACCCUCUCUUACAUUCUCCUUAUUUUAUUCCACAGUUACAUCAGUUUGUUUGUGAAGAGGAGCUCUGUAUAGACUUUGAGAUGCACAGGCUUAAGAUUAAACACAAGGCUUCACUGUUGCUUAUGUCUAACAAGAGGAAAAGAUAAACCCCUAUUCCCCAUGUUUCAUAUUUGUGGAAGAGGCAUAAAUCUCUGCAUAGUAUAUCACUAUUGACAUUUUAUCAGUAAGUGAAGUCCUGCAGUGUUGGACUGUAAUUAGCAAAGCAUCCUCUAUUCCGCACUUGCACUAUCUUAAAUUACCCACCUAAAAAAACGGUUGCCUUUCAUGUAAAAUAUAGCAAGGUGCUUUUAAAUUGAAAAUAUAGAAGUGUUGAAAAGCUCACUCGAUUCAAGAUAAUCACAGAAGAAGAUUAAUAUUUUAGACUAUUUACUGUAAAGAUUUGGGCCCUUACAUUGCAUGAAUUGGUGUUCAUUUGAGUUAAUUAAAGAAUAAAUAAAUAAAAUUUCCUAUCCGAAAGCCAGCUGGUACUGACACUGGCAUUUGAAAGCGUUUAAGUAUUCAAGCUUUAAGUACUCCACAAGCUAGUUACUCUAGUUAUUUUCUUUACUUGUUUCCUUUAGCUACAUUUUGUAUUUUCCGAGUAUUUUUUACAUAUAAAUAUAUUUAAAAUCUUUAAAGCUUUCUUCCUUUUUAUUAGAAUUUAUUUUUUUUAGAACAUACCUUCAGUUUGAAAAUUAUUACAGCUUGAUGAGGAUUUGUGUGUGCGUGUGUGUGUAGCAUAGGAUAUACCAUUAUCAUUGAAUUUACCACUUAAAGCACAUUAAGUUAUCAUUGCGCUCAAUGACUGACAUUGUCCUAAUUGAUACCUUUCUUUCUUCAACAUCUGAAAUUUGGAGACGUUCACAAUCUUUAGGCUCUUACAGAUGUCAUCUUAGUGAUACCAGUAUUUCAUCUCAGAGAGUCUGACCAAAGAUCCGCUUAGUCUUUAGUCUUCACUCCACAAAUAAAGAUGAGCAUUUUAUGGUUACGUACCACAGCUAUUAGAAAAAUGAAGGUGUUUCGAUUACUAAAUAACUGACUUUUUGGAUAUUGAUGUAUAAUCUAGCCGCCUCGCAAUGGAGUAUACGGCAGAUGGUAUUAAUUAAUAUAGCUCUGCUGCUGAAAGGUGUAUUUGUGGAGUUGAGAUGACUGUGCAGUGAACAAACUGCAUCAAAAGCCGAUUGACUUCCGUAACUCAACGCAUGCACAUUAAUUAACAAUGAGUGUGUUUACUUGCACACGGGAUACUAAGUUGAAGUCUCUGUACUGUAAGUGAAUUCUUUACUUGGGAUUUUAAGUGGGACAUGUAAAUAUAUAAUAAUGGGACUCACUUGCCUCACUAUUGUGGCUCUUGCUGUCACAUUCCUGGUAUCCUCAUUUUACGUUCUCUAAAUAAAAGAGCUGUUGUUGGUGUGCACGUAAACACAUUCCCAUUUUCUACUUGAUCAGUGAUGUGGAUGUGGCAUAUUAUUAUUGCUAUUAUUUUAUGUUAUUUUUUAAGUAAGGACACCAAAAUGAAAGGUUAAUGAAGAUUUAGCUUCUCACAUAAUGAGGGCCAAGACAUGAAGUCCAGAAAUCCUGGUACAUGAUACAUUAUUGCAUAUUCAAAAAAGUCAAAAUUCAGUAGGUGGGUUUUAGAGCGCACACUUGAUCAAUGACGUCUCCCAUUAGGCAAUGUACUUGAUUGCCUUUAUUUUUAUUUUUACUUUAGAGUCCUGCCUGUCUUUGUACUGGUUUGAUCCAGGCAAAUGUUGACCUAUACUUCUUCACCUAACUAAUGCUCAUCUGUAACCAGACUAAAACCAGCUCAAUGUGGUAAAUGUUGUUUAUCUUUUGUUAUUUAUCUGUCAAACUGUCUUAUAUUUUCUUUUUUUAUUUAUUAGGGAAAAUGUUGACUGGAAGUUCUAGCCAGACUUUCCAAAUGUUAAAGUGACAAUGUCAUGGUGUAUUAUUGCUAACCCACAUGUUUGUUCUAUGCAGUAACAUCGAAUCGUCAAGAAACAUUGAUAAGGUUUUUUUUCUUUUCUUUUCGUUUUUUUCUGAUGGCUAGACAUACUGUUUUGUGCAUAUUGCCGGGAUCCAGCAAAAGCCUUCGCUUCUAUUGUUUGUUUUUAAGUGCCACCUAAGACUUUAGCCUACCCUACAAAUUACCAGCUCUCAGAGGGAAGAUGAAACCAAAUAAGGUUUCAUGAAGGCUACUUCAACACAUUCUGAAGGUCCACAUUCCUAUUUAAGGAUCACGUGUUGUAUUGUUAUUAUUAUUAUUGUUGUUAUUAUUAUUUCUUUUUGUUUCCUGAUUGUGAUGACAAUUGUGUAUCUUCAAAUAAGCCUCUUUCAGGUGAAUCGUCAAGAAGGUGGUUUUUUGGAGAAAGUGAAGUUUCUACAUGUCACUAGUGAUGUGAUGUUAUAUAGUUGUACUUUUUUGUUUUUAUCAUACAUGCUGUUCCUUUUGCUUGCUGUCAAUGGAGCAUAUUCACUUAGACAGUCUCUUAGAAUUUCUGUCUUUUCAAACACUUAACUUCAUAGGCUUUCCAACUACCCUGCAUAUACAACUUCUUACAGUGUACACUAAUAAAGCUGUUUUAAUUCAA